AUGAGCAGGCUUAUGCAUAGUUGGGUUCUUGCACUCUGCAGUGCGAGGGCUCAGGCACCCAGUACACCCUGCCAAGCAACGGGGUUCCUUAUGCCGUGCCAGCACCAGGAAUACCAGGAAGCCUGCAGAUCAUCGGCCGCUGCAGAUGACUGGGCGGAGCUGCUGACAUUGAUGGAGGAGGACGAGCUCGAAGAGUCGACCAGCAGACAAAAAGAAGCUAGGACCAACACAGUGCGGUGGUCCUGGCUCCAUGUCCUGGUCAUGAGCGUUGCUUUGCUCGGUCUUUGCAUCCUGAUGGGCAUCGUGAUGGACAACAUGAGAAGCUCUGGCCGUGACGGAGCCGAAGCAAGACUAGCGCUGUGGCCAGAGCCAUUGUGGUCCAACCCUUGUGCUGGAAGCAUGCAGGUGAGUGGCCUAGGUACCGUUCCGUUGAUCAACGCGAAAUACAACCUUCCAAGUGACCCGGCAGGCAACGUUUGGAUGGAGGACGCGGCAGUGGUCAUCGCUGACAAAGGUCGAACUUACUGGGGCACUUCCUGCAAUGCCUCAGGCCACGAUGAAAACUUCGAUCCAUCAGGUUACAUCGAACUGCAUCUCUUGGGGAAGAGGCUCGAGUAUACCACUCACAUCAAUGGCGUCGGAUGUGGCUGUAAUGCGGCUCUCUAUUUGGUCUCCAUGUCUACAAGUCCUUGGGAGUCCGCUUGUGAGGCGCCGGAAUGCUCUUGCCCUAGCUUUUCUCCUAGCAUCCCUUGUGCCUCGACGGUGAUGUCCUUCAUCGACGCCUCCACGGUUGCGCAGCAGCUGACCGACGCUCUAUCGGCAGCUCGGCACAUGGCGUAUGCACCAGUGGUGGCUGCUGUUGGCGAUCAGGUUGCUGAUCUCAACGACGCAGCUUCGGCGGCCAAUUUGCUGCAGCAAGACCGCUCCGAUACUUCGGCGGAGGAUGUGCAGCCGUCCAUGCUGUUUGUGGGAUGCGCCGCUGGGGAGAUAGCUGGGACGACGAGCCAGACGGCGGCACCGGCGGCCUUGGGCACAUUCCAGGAGUCCGACGACAUCGACGUGGAAGACCAGGCCUCCCUUCAGCGUUGCACCUGGUGGGGGGCGACGCCAAUCACCAAAAGCGGCGGCCGCAGCCUCUACAUUGUACACCACUGGCUGGCUCCGAGUCAAGCCCAGGCGAAAGCCACGGCGCUCCUGGCAUCCGUCGGCGGCUGUGUCCAUUUCGACGAGAUCUUCGCGGCGCUGAGGGUGCAGGCGGGGGCCACCCCGACGAGGGAGCAGACAGCGACAGUGCCACUGGGGGCGGCGACGGUGGAUGGCAGAGGCAAGGCGCCACCUGACGCCCUGAUCCCCUCGACGACGCUGUUGGUGAUGACAGAGGCCUCGACGAGCACGGGGCCGGCGGUGAUCCACCAGGUCACCACGGCGACUGCGGAGCAGUUCUCGACUCUGGAUCGGCGCUUUCGACUUUGUCUGCCAGUCAGUUUCUUUUGGGUGGCGGCGGUGGAGAGGCUCGAGUCAUGGGAGAUGCCAGCGGCGCCUAGGUCACGCCGACGAGGCCGAGAUUCCCGACGAUUACACAUGCCGCACAAGAUCCGGAUGGAGCGGCGGGCGCGCGUCGGCGGAGGAGGUGGGGGGCCCAGCUCCCUUAGCUCCCUUUGGCGCUUGGCUUGCGGCGACCUCGCGGAGGUCCGACGCAAGAAAGAGGCGGGCCAGUUCCCACCCGAGAGACCACACGGCGCCACCACCGAGACCGACUAUUGGUUCGUCCCGGCUAAUGUGGCCGGUGAUGAGGACAUCGCGCCGCCUGUCUUGGGCGUGCCCUCCUCCAGCGAGGAUGAGGAGGAGCUCCUCGCCGAUCCCGCCGGGGCGCCUUUGGUGGGCGCGCCUCCGGUGGUGGUGGACAUGGCCGACGUCGGGGUGCAGACGGUCCACAACGUCCUGAUGCCCGCCUUCGACAUGGUCGACGUCGCGUCCCAGACCGACGGCAAGAUCGCCUUCUCGUCCUUCGUGGGCGACACCCCCCAGGCGGCGUUGGCUGCUGCCAUUCGGGCCUUGUCGCCGGGGAGCCUGUUUCGAUUGGACGGGGCGCUGCGCCAGGCGCAUGCCCAGCCGCUGGUGGAUGUGGCGCCGUCCUUGGGGGGCGGUGCUGAGGCGGUGCCCGUCCCGCCGGAGAUCAACCUCCUCGACGACACGCCUGUGGGGCCGCCCUCCUCGUCAGCGGGCGUCGUCGACCCGGGCCCUGGGCCGGCGUACGCCAGGCCAGAGCCGCAGGUCUUGGGCGAGGGCUUGGACGAGGACCGCCAUUGGGAGGCCGCGGCCCCCAUGCAGCACUCGCUGGUUGGCUGGCCAACCCUCGAGCCGGCGUUGGAGGCCAUCCUGGAGUUUCGUCGGGAGUGGCGCCACAACCUCGUACGCAUCCGGCGGGACGUCCUUAGAGAGCUCCAGGAGAUGGUCGAGGACGCCGAGGACGACACUGACGCCUGGUUGGCGACUUUGCCCGACCACGUGCGGGCCACCUACGUCACCGCGGAUAG